UUUACGAGUUUCAAUUUCUGGACCCUCCUCUGUCGCGACAUUCUUUGCUGCGUGCGUGUCUGUGUGUGUGUGUGUGUGUAGAAAGAAAGAAAAUAACAGAAAAGAAAAGUGUGUUUGCAUGGAACAUGCAUUCAAAAUUAGAAAGCAUCGAAAAGUGAACUUGAUGAACAUAGGAAGGGCGCCUGUCGCUUGAUUAUAGACGCAUAUAUAGAGACGCACUUCAAGAGCCCCCAUCACUCAAAACAACAACAACAACAACAAAUAUGGAAAACACGAGUUCUGGAGACGUAUUGGAUGGCGCAGCGCCAACUCAACUGUCGAAAUCGCCGUCCCCACAAGAGCCCGCGCAGGAAUGUGGCUGUGUGCGUAUCGGGAAAUGCAAAUGGUUUAAUGUGGCCAAGGGCUGGGGCUUUCUCACGCCCAACGAUGGCGGCCAGGAGGUGUUUGUGCAUCAGAGCGUCAUAAAAAUGUCCGGCUUUCGCUCGCUGGGCGAGCAGGAGGAGGUGGAGUUCGAGUGCCAGCGCACGGAGCGCGGUCUGGAGGCGACACGCGUGUCGGGUCGCCAAGGUGAUGAUUGCCAUGGGAGUACCUACCGACCGCGAAUCAAUAGAAAGACGCGUCGAAUGCGUUGCUACAAUUGCGGCGAAUUCGCAAAUCACAUCGCCUCGGAGUGUGCGCUGGGACCGCAGCCGAAGCGCUGCCAUCGGUGCCGGGGCGAGGACCAUCUCCAUGCGGACUGCCCACAGCGUAAUGUGUCGGCUGGUGGUGGUGGUGGUGGUGGUGUGACACAAACCCGCAGCAAAAGCACCGCCAGUGACGAGCCUCCUCAGGCGGAUGUCGAGGAAGGAGAAGCCGCUGCCUCCUAG